AUGGCUGAUGUGCCUACCAUCCGCAUCGGCUAUGUGCCCGAGCACUACCUCACUCCUCUCCAUCUCGCCCUCCGCUCCCCGGCCGUCGCUUCCCUUCCAUUCAAGAUCGAUGUGACUCCCUUCCCGUCCGGAACGGGCCACAUGAUUACAUCGCUGCGAAGCAAUGAGAUCGACAUCGCUAUUGGCUUGACUGAAGGCUGGGUUGCUGGUCUGACCGGGAAGACGCAGCCUCAGAACCCGGCGGAGGGAGGAUACAAAGUCGUCGGCCACUGGGUGGAUAACCCGCUGCGCUGGGCAAUUGUCACGGGUCGUAACCGUGGAGAGAUCAAUGGUGUGUCGGACCUGAAGGACCAGAGAGUCGGUGUCAGUCGCCUUGGAAGCGGCUCCCAUAUCAUGUCUUUCGUGCUUGCUCAGCAGCAAGGAUGGAAGUCUGAUUCCCUGACCAGCGUCCCUCUCGGCCCCUUCGGUGCCCUACGGAGCGGCGUUACUGGCGUGGACGAUGCAAAGCCCGACCAAGCUCCCAACCCAACUGCCGAGUUCUUCAUGUGGGAGCAUUUCACAACCAAGCCAUACUUCCAUCCUACCACCGAAAAGCCAAACCCGCCGCUGAAGAAGAUCGGCGAGAUCUUUACUCCCUGGCCAUCAUGGAUGAUUGUUGCAUCGACAGCAAUGUUCCCGGAUCCUGAAAAGGACUCGCGUCUGCAGAGCCUCUUCCAGGCCUUUGAUCAGAGUAUCAAGGAAUUUGAGGCCGAUACUGCUCAGGUGAUCAAGCUUCUCGGAACCGGCGAGCUUGGUUGCACCUACAUUGAGGAGGAUGCGACUGAGUGGUUGAAGGAUGUCAAGUUUACGAAUGGCGUCCGCGGUGUCGAUGCUAAGGUCAUCGAGGGUGUUGUGGAUGUCCUCAAGGUGGCGGGUGUCAUUGAUACCGGCAUGAACAAUGGCGAGGCCAUCCAGCGCGUCAUUGGAAUCUCUCGGUAG